ACAUUAUUCUUUUGUCCCAUUGAUUUUUAAGUUUUAAUAUCUUUUAACUUCAACCUCUUCUGUCUCUGCAAUCCGUCUAGUUUGAAGUGGCUAGUCAAUAUGAGCGUUAUAUCACAGCCUGAAUUCAAAAUGCCUAAGAAAGGCUAUGAUAAUAUAAAUCGAUGAGAUGGCAUUGAAUACAUUGAGAAACAUUAACGAGAACAUUCAGAGUAUGUUGAAAGAAGUGCAAGAAAUAAGAGACAAAAUAACCACGAUAUUGGAUGUCUUCAAUUCCGAUGAUAGAUCCCAAGUUCAGCAGUUCUUGGACCACUUGGCUUCAUUUUCGAGAGUAUUGACAAAUGUAAACAGUUUGUUGAUGGCAACGCCCAGUCAAAGACCAAAAGAGGAUGAAGAGGAUGAAGAAGGAAUUACAAAACGAAUAUUUGAUCUUGAUCUUUUUACUGUUGAUUUAACAGAGGACAACAAUAAUGGCGCUGAAAGUGUGUCGGGACUCGAAGAAUAUGAAGCAGGAGUAUCACAAUCAUCAGAAGUUGACAAUGAAGGUGAUUUAGUUAUUAAUGAAGCAUCAUUAACAUUAUAA